ACUGGACUCGUAGAGACUCCCCUAUUUUGUCACCGCAGCGAGAAUCCGAAUUCGAUCCCGAGAGAGCUCUAAUGGCGGAAGAAAAUGGUGUUAACCAACCAAAGCCUUCGGUCGUACCCAACUCAUCUGAAGAAAAGCUAAAGCAACCUCAGGUGCCAGCGUUUCCUGGAUUCCUGGCCUCACCCAAUGGUGACAUUCCGAUGUAUCCUAUCAUGUACCCUGCACUUGUUCCAGGAUUAACCCCUCUGCAGAACCAGGAACAGAAUAACCAUGGUGCUGGCAUUUAUGCAGUUCCUGUUCUUCAAUACAUGGGGCCUAUGGCUGGACUUUCUACAAACACCCUUAUUCCCCUCACCUACAGUAUUCCAACAAGGACUAGUCCUCCUGAGGGUGCAGCAAUUGUUGAGGAGCAUGGACAGGAGGGACGUCCACAGCAUCCCCCACAAAGACAAAUUGUUGUCAGGAGAUUUCACUUUGCAAUUCAGCUUGACUUGUUGCUCAUACUGAAGCUGGCAGCUGUAAUUUUUGUUUUCAAUCAAGAUGGAUCGAGACAUAGACUCAUUCUUCUUGUGUUCUUUGCCUCACUAGUUUAUUUAUAUCAGACUGGAGCUCUCACGCCAAUAAUUCGGUGGCUUUCACAAGGCAUGCAGAGGGCAGGUGCGCCUCCACAACCACGAGCUGUUCUCAGGGCUGAGAAUGCCCCUGCUGCUAGGCAGGAGGAUGAGAAUGCUGCUCGCGAAGAUGUGCAACCUGGAGUGGAGAAUGAUAAUCGGCCUACAGAUGACACAAAUCAGCCUGCCGAGAACGAAAACCAGGUUGAACCUGGUGCAAGGGGAGGUGUCAACUGGUGGGGUAUUGUGAAGGAGGUCCAGAUGAUUGUUGUUGGAUUUAUCACUUCCCUUCUUCCCGGAUUUCAUAAUGUUGAUUAGUUAAUUUGUGCCACCGAAAGGUUCACACAAACACUCUGUAAUUAUUCUGUUGAUCAUGGUUCUCCUUUCUUCUACCAUCUUCUGGU